AUGCGUUACGAAGACUGGGAUGUCCAGCUGUUUCACGGCAACGAUGACCAACGCAAGCCACUGCGCGAAUUCCGGCCCCAAUGCAACACCACCAGCGAGACGGAAGACAGCCUGCGCGGUGCGGAGCUCUCGUCUAUAAUUUCAUCAAACCAUUGCUGACCAUGGUGUAGUGAGCGGCGUGAUUCCAAUCAUGACCUGCUUUGUGCCCUCCCUCCCAGAAGGCGAGGCUUUCCAAGUUUCGGUACAUUCGUGGGGAGGCUUGCCGAAUUUCCACUUCCCUCAGGAUGGUUCUCGUGGCAAGCAGAUGGUGUUCCAUCUCAAGGUCUUGGUCGACGGCGUCGUUAGCUGGUGAGUCGAGGGAGCACAUAGCCGCUGGAUCGAACUUGUUUCCUGUUCUCCAAGACGGAAAGCCAGUACGAGAACGUUUGCAACACAGAAGAAGCCACGACGAUAAAUACAGAAAGGCAAAGCUGAGAAGGACAUUGACUGACAUCUUGCAGUAUCCAUACCAUUACCCACGAGGAAACAGUCUGGCCCAAGUCGUUCGAGCACGUCAACGUCGAUGGCUUGAACACCCCAUUGCAAUUUCCAGUGUACAGUGACUCCGUCAUGCAGCCAGCGACGUGGGAUCCUCGAGACCUGCAAGGACGCAUCAGACUCGAGAUCUCGGAAGGUUUCAUGGCCACAACGAGAGGCGGUAAUCUGAACUUCAUCAAGACAGCCAAUCAUGCGAUUUUCAGCUUUCAGCCAGCUCCGCUCUGUAAGUAGCGCCCUCAGCAGCAUCCCGACAUAGCUUUUUAGUGUCUCGAGAUGCUGCACCGCACCUAUCAUGCCUUCUUUCCCGGCUAAUCAUGACCAUAGACAAGCUCGAGGAUACCCGAGUCGCCUACCCAAAUCCUUUCCUAACAGCAAAUCCAUUGCCACCACAGGGAGCCUGGCCACUGCAAGCCAUGAUGAUACCAAGGGCGAGCCACCGCAAGUCUAGUGUCAGCAGCAACAGCAGCGCCGCCAGUGGCCGGUUCAGACGCUACUCGGGAAGCAGCACUCCACACUCAGGGAGCAGCAGGUCGACCUCGGGAUACUCCAUCAUGUCUGCAUCCGCGAUGCCACUGUUGCAGAAAGCCGCAGGCUCGAUGCCGCCACCACCGCCACCCAUUCGCGCGACCAGAUACGCCGGAGGCAGCGGUCCGAGACGGCAUGCGAGCAUCCCGCCAGAGAUGCUCAUACCCUUGAAGAAGAAUUGA